UCGCCUAUAUUCGCGCACCGCCACCGCCGCCAGCAACGCGCACACGCUUUGUGCCGUACCGUGUUAGCGGUCCGUCGUCGGUCGACUCGACCGUCUGGUAGUCUUGCAUCGGAUCGCGCCAAAUCACCAUCGUCGCGGCCACUGACGCACGCCGCCCUUAUCAUCGACGCUACCUGAUAACGUGUAGCGAGUAAAGCUAAAUACUAUCAGUGGACGGUUCGUCAAUUAUUGUCACCAUGGCCGAUGACCAAGUUACGGAUUAUUGGGUAUUUGGUUAUGGAUCAUUGUGUUGGAAUCCAGGAUUCGAAUUCAAGGAUUCUAUGAUCGGAUACGUCCAGGGUUUUUCGAGAAAGUUUUGGCAGGGUAACAUCGCACACAGAGGAACGAAACAAAAGCCAGGAAGAGUAGCCACUUUAGUUGAAAAUCCUGAGGGUUUCGUUUGGGGCAAAGCGUUCCAUUUACCAGACCAAAAUGCAUUUCAGUAUUUGGAGAUGCGAGAGGUAUACCUGGGCGGCUACGAGGUGCACAAAGUGGACGUACGUUCGGAAGACGGAAGUCGAGUGGUGAACGCCACGGUGUACGUGGCUACGGCCGACAACAGCCAGUGGCUCGGCGAAGCCCCCGUGGACGAGCUGGCCGCGCAGGUGGCCACGUGCUCCGGACCGGCCGGCCACAACGCCGAGUAUGUGAUAUUGCUGGCUCGAUGGGAACGACAGAACGCGCCCGACGACCGACUGGACAGCGAGCUCGCCGAACUGGAGACGCUGGUCAUUUGCAGGCUGACCGCGGCCGGCAUCGACCCCGACAAAGUGCUCACCACCAACAAACGCGUGUCGUUCUCGUCCAUGGUGCCGGAAAAGAAAUUAAGGUGUCUCAACAUUUGAUUGGACAGCUGUUCCAUUCGUCUAGUCGUAGUUUCGCCGUGCGACACUCGGUCUGGACGAUCUGAAUUCACCGCCGUCGGUAUUUGUUCUAGUCGAUGUUAUGAUGACGUCCUCAUUGAAUUAUUUGAUUCAUUUUUUUAUACAUUAUUUCUAUUGAAAUAUAUUUAUGUGAUAAUAAUUAAUGUAAAUUAAGAGAGAACAAUUAUUCUUCAUUGUCGUUUAUGAAUAGGGAUCUUCAAACGGCAGACCAUUUUGCGUAUUAUCUUCCCCCCAAUUAUGACAAUAUUUUAUGAUAGCGUUUUUAUGACGUCAAAUCAAACCAACUUUUUUUUACUAUAAGAAUCUCAACCAACUGUUUAACAUCUAUUUAUUUACGCCUUUUUUUUUUAUUUUUUUCUACAAAUAUAGAAUUUUUUAUACGUCGCUUAGUAAACGUCAACUGCCGAAGUUUGGUUUAUCAAUAAUUUAUUUUUCGAUUACCAUAAAAAGUUAACGGCACUGCCAAAAAUAAAAUUCGAGCGAUUCAACACCAAUUAUCGCCAAGUAUAUUUAUAUUAGAUAGUUAAUAUUACAUAUUUCAUUAUAGUAGUUGUAUUUCUGUAUAUAAAAUAUAUUUUAAUUCAUUCGUUGUAAACUUGACCAGGGUAACUGAUAAUCAUAUAAUGUAUUAUAAAUAAAUGAUAUAGAUUUGA